AUGGAGGUGGAGUUGGAGCCAAGGGUUAAACCACUGACUUACAAGGUGAAGGCUACUUCCAGAGAGUCCCCCGCGCAGAAGGCCGCUCACGUGCUGGACACGGACCUCCGAAGCCAUUGGUCCACGGGCACAAACACCAAAGAGUGGAUCUUGCUCGAGCUCGACGAACCUUGCCUGCUUUCACACGUAAGGAUAUAUAAUAAAUCAGUGCUGGAAUGGGAAAUUUCAGCUGGAUUACGUUAUAAGCCAGAGACAUUUGUUAAAGUUCGUUCCCGUUGUGAGGCGCCUCGGCGUGACAUGAUGUACCAAAUGAAUUACACUCCUUGCCGCUAUGUGCGGAUAUCUUGUAUGCGUGGGAACCCAAUAGCUUUAUUUUUUAUACAGUUGAUCGGGAUUCCAGUUCCAGGUUUAGAGCCAGAGUUUCAACCAGUUGCUAACCACUUGCUACCGCACAUAAUAUCACAAAAGCAAGAAGCUGAUGAUAUGCAUCUUCGGUUGCUUCAAGAUGUGACAAUCAGGUUGGCUACUUUUCUUCCUCACCUUGAGGGUGAUCUUACUAGCUUUUCAGAAGCUCCAGAACCUACUAUGCGUUUUCUUGCUAUGCUUGCCGGUCCAUUUUAUCCCAUCCUCAGGAUUGUUAGUGAAAGGGAAUCUGCACGGUUGGCUCUCAAUGCCUCAGAACAUGAAGCUUCUAAGACCAAUCUGUCAUCCGCAACCUUGACGGUUUCCUCAAAUUUCGAGCCAAGGAGAUCACGGAAUUCAUCGUCUAUUUUCCCACCUAUUUCAAUGCACCUGGUAUACCGUCCUGACGCAGUCUUCAUACUUAUUAGGAAAGCUUACAAAGAUUCUAACCUGGGGAACGUGUGUAAAAUGGCAGCAAGAAUUCUUACGAAGCUAAUGGGGCCCAUGAGAAAUCAUGAAGUAUCUACUCAGGCUUCCGACAUUUCAACUUCUGUGGCUGAUGAUACGCCUAAAUCUGAUCCUUGUGAUCCUACUGUGUUAGCUGAUUAUUCAAACUUAUUUGGGGAGGAAUUUCAAAUACCAGAUGAUUUCUGGGAUCCUGCAUAUCUGAAUAUCUUAGAUACUGCAGCUGUGGAAGAAGGAAUAAUGCAUGUUUUAUAUGCUUCUGCAUCUCAGCCUUUCCACUGCAGCAAGCUGGCCGAGCACACUGAGGAGUUUUGGUUCGCAUUACCUUUAAUACAAGCGUUGCUUCCAGCACUUCGUCCUAUUGUCAGCGGUCCCUACCAAUUUGAUGACAACUUCUCUCUUUGGAAUCAAGCAUACAUACAAAAUGCACUUACUCAGAUUGCUGCCACUUCAUCGUCAGCAAUUUACUGCCCUCUGCUUCGUGCUUGCGCUGGCUAUUUAGCAUCUUUCUCACCCUCACAUGCUAAGGCGGCAUGUGUUCUUAUCGAUCUCUGCGCUGGUGUCUUAGCACCAUGGAUUGCUCAAUACUUAGCUGCCUCUGAUUCACCCGCUUUUAUUCAUUCCAAUUUUUUAUGCCCCGAAUUACAGGUUGACUUAACUGUGGAGCUCUUGGAGGAUCUUUUAGGUGUUAUCCAGGGAGCCCGCCUUUCAUUCUCCCGUGGAUGUGCUGCCCUAAAAUAUAUUGUUCUGGCUUUGUCUGGGAACAUGGAUGAUAUAAUAGGAAAAUAUAAGGAAGCUAAGCACCGAAUACUCUUCUUGCUGAUAUUGCUAGAACCGUUUCUGGGUCCAUCCUUAACCCCCUCAAGGGGCAUAAUACCCUUCGGAAAUGUGUCUUCCAUUUUCACUGAAAACCAGGAACACAGCUGUGCUUUAGCGCUAAAUGUUAUUCGCGCAGCCAUAAGAAAGUCUUCUGUGCUUCCAUCAUUGGAGGCUGAAUGGAGAAAGGGAUCAGUUGCUCCGAGUGUGCUUCUACAAGUUUUGGAUGCUCAAUUGCAGCUACCUCCUGGUAUAGAUAAUUGCAAAUUUUCUUCUUCUGAGAAUGUGGACCCACAAGCAUCAGCUGCGUUGUCUCAUUCCUCUCGUAAUGGAGUAGCCUCUUCUCGAUCAAAUAACCAAGAAAGUGCCGAUACAAAGGUCGAUGUUACUGACAUUAAUGGCAAAGUGGAUAUUUCUGAAGAUGCCAGCCUUCUCUUUGCUCCACCUGAGCUGAAUAGAAUGUCCCUUAUUCAUGUUCAUGACACAAAAAUAUUGGAGUUGAGCCAUUCGAAUGUUUCUCUGGAGAAAAAAAAUGAUAUUCAGAUGAAACUAUUCAACCAGUUUCCCAGUGAUGUUUUAGAAGCUGGUGGAGGAAUUGACUUUUAUAAUAUGCUGGCUGAUUAUUCGCAACUUUUGAACUAUCGAGAUUGUGAGAUGAGGGCCUCUGAGUUCAGGCGUUUAGCUCAAGAUUUAAUCUCUAAGGAAGAGAUUGAAAAGGAUAGUCAUGAUGUUGCCAUUGAUGCUUUGCUUUUGGCAGCCGAGUGCUAUAUCAACCCCAGCUUUAUGAUGUCUUUCAAGGACAUUUCAUCUGAAGUGGGCAAAAUUUACCUCACAUAUUUUAAUAAGAACAAUGGACCUGCAGAAAUCAGUAAACUUUUCAGAAAAAAAGAUAAUGACUUGAAACUCCUGGCUGAUAUUGAAAGGAAAAGAGACAGGGUUGUUCUCGAGAUCCUGAUUGAAGCAGCCGAGUUAGAUAGAAAAUAUCACAAAGUGGCUUCGGGUGACAUAUCUGAAUUUUGUGUUGAAGGGGAGGAGGAUGCUAUAAGUUUGUCCCAGCAGGAUAUUGUUUCUGCAGAUACCAUCACCUUAGUUCGCCAUUAUCAAUCUCUUCUGUCCAACUUUGUGAUAAAACGUUUGCAGAGGGACUCGCAUAUAGAGCAACUUCCCAGGCACGAGAUUCUGACGUGGUGUCUUCUUUUUCUGUUACAUUCAGCAACUAAAUUAUCCUGUGCCCCUGAGCAUGUGGUUGAUGUAAUAUUGUAUCUUGCUGGAUCUUUCAACUUGAAGUUGAAAUCUUUCUAUCACCUACUUAAGGAAGGAAAGGAUGAGUCAAAUCAUGUUAAGCAGCAUGAGGUGCAACGCCAUUGGAUUCUUCUUCACAGACUUGUUGUUGCUUCAAGUGGUAGUGAUGAAAGAUUUACAUUGCCAAUCAGUGUAAGAAAUGGUUUUCGGUUCUCAAAUUUGAUCCCUCCACUGGCCUGGCUGCAGAAAAUACCCGUCUUUUCUGCUUCAGCCUUACCAGUCGUGAGGUAUUUUGGUUGGAUGGCUGUUGCACGCAAUGCAAAGCAGUUUCUCAGAGAGCGGCUCUUUCUAGCUUCUGAUUUGGCACAAUUAAAUUGUCUAUUGUCUAUAUUUUCUGACGACCUCUCUAUAGUUCAUAAUGUUGCGGAGCAGAAAGGGAGGGAUAAGCCAAUUGAAGAACCAAAUUCAAUGCAGAAUACUAAUAUGGAAGGUGGAGUCAGAUCUCUUAGCCACGAAGAUGGAUUGCAAUCUUUUCAUGCCCUCUAUCCUGAUAUCUACAAAUUCUUUCCGAAUUUGAAGAACGAGUUUGUGUGUUUUGGAGAAACUAUAUUGGAAGCAGUUGGUUUGCAGUUGAAAUUUCUUUCAUCCUCUGGUGUUCCAGAUUUAAUGUGUUGGUUUUCUGAUUUAUGCUCAUGGCCCUUUGGUCAAACUGAGAACCCGCAGGUCUUUUCACAAAACAAGCCUGAAUAUUUUAAAGGUUUUGUUGCUAAGAAUGCAAAAGCUGUCGUUCUGUACAUGCUUGAAGCCAUCAUAGCCGAGCACAUGGAAGCAAUAGUCCCAGAAGUACCUAGAGUGGUGAAAGUGCUUGAAUCCCUAUGCAAGACUUCAUACUGUGACGUCUCGUUUCUUGAUUCUGUCCUGUGUUUGCUAAAGCCUGUCAUAGCAUAUUCCCUAAGCAAGAUGUCUGAUGUAGAAAACUCAUUGAUGGAUGAUUCAUGCGAUAAUUUCGAAACUUUAUGCUUCGGUGAACUCUUUAACAAUAUUAGAUAUGGUGAUAACUAUCAAGGUACUCCAAUUAAAAACGGAAAGUGCCAAGCAUUAACUAUAUAUGUUCUAGCCACCAUUUUUCGCGAUUUAUCCUUCCGCCGCAAAAUAGAACUGUUGCAGGCCACCAUAUUAUGGGCCGAUUUUGCCGACUUCGAGUCAUCAGGUGUUUUUCAUGAUUAUAUAUGUGCAUAUCAGAUUCUCAUGGAAAACUGUAGAGAUUUGCUUUUUGCUACUUCCAGAGCCUGGGGUAUCAUUCCACUUACAAGUUCUUCAUAUUCUGAUACUAGCAUUUCUGGUCUUGACGAAUCUUCGUCAUCCUUUAUGUUUCUCAAUGAUAUAUGCAACCCCUCGUCAUCUACUGAUGCCAGUCAAAAGAUUUGUCAACUGACUCUGGAAGAAGUGAAGUUUUUCUCCAAGGAGCUUGAGGCCCUAAUUUUGAAGCUUAAUCCAACCUUAGAACAAAGCUGGAAACUGCACAUUACAGUGUCCAAAAAACUAGUGCUCAUGUGCGCUGAGUGCUACUUAUACGCAAGGGCCUUGAUCUUGACUGCUGAGGAAGUUUCUUCUUCUUCUUCAGGACAAGAGUAUCGUGUCCCAAACGAAUAUCUUGAUGAGCUCCCACGAAUUUGGCGUACAAGUCUUCAAGCACUUUCUGAAAUGAUUUUGAUGCUUCAGGAAAAACAUUGUUGGGAGGUUGCAUCAGUCUUACUCGACUCACUCCUGCAGGUGCCUCAGUGUUUUCAUUUGGAUAAUGUAAUUGGUGACACUUGCUCGGCCUUAAAGAUUUUUUCUACAAAGGCACCCAAUAUCUAUUGGAGGCUGCAGGCUGAUAAAAUGAUAUCAUUGUUGUUGAGUCGAGGCAUUCAUAACAUAUGUAAAGACGAAGCACCUUUGAUUGAUCUAUUCUCUACCUUUCUCGGGCAUCCAGAGCCUGAACAAAGAUAUAUUGCUCUAAAGCAUUUGGGUAGACUUGUUGGCCAAGAUCCCGAUGGUGGAAGCCUAUUUAUUCCCCGAAUGAUAUCCUCAUCAGAAUUACUUAUUUCUGCUUCUGAGAAGAUUUUAUGCGCUUUGGUUUCGUCUAUCUGGGAUAAUAUAGUAUUGAUGGCUUCAUCUGACUCGUCACUGCUAUUAAGAACCAACGCAACUGCACUUCUUAUCAACUUCAUACCAUUUGCUGAGAAGUCUAAAUUGCAGUCAUUCCUUGCGGCAGCUGAUAGUAUUCUUCAAUGUCUUACGACUCUUGCACAGCCGGUGUGUUAUGGGCCCCUGACGCAAUUCUCCCUAGCACUGAUUGCCAGUGUUUGCCUUUAUUCUCCAUGUGAAGAUCUUUCACUGAUUCCUGAAAGUAUUUGGAGGAAUAUCGAAAGUUUUGGAAUGUCUGGAACUGAUAAGUGUUGUACCAGUCUCGAGAAAAAGGCAUGUGAAGCACUGUGUAGAGUGAAAAAUGAUGGAGAACAAGCUAAAGAGCUUUUGAAGGAAGUGCUUUCUUCAAGUUCUCUAAAGCAGGAAGACCCUGAUUUCGCUACUACGCGAGAAUCCAUCCUUCAGGUUAUCAGCAAUUUAACCUCUGCCAGGUCAUAUUUUGAUUUUUUCGCAAAGGAAGCUGACAGGAAGAUGAUGGAAUUGGAAGAAGCUGAAAUAGAACUGGAACUUCUUCAGCAAGAGGGUCCGAUUCCAGGUUCAUCUUUUGAUUUCCGAGAUUGGCAGAAGAUACCACUUCUUUCAACCUAUGCAAAGAACGAUAACCGGCUGCAGCAAAUCAAAGACGGAAUUGAAUCUAUAGAGAGAACAAGGGAAGCAGAAAAGGAGCUCGAGAGGCAGCAAUUGCUGGAGCUUGAACGAGCCAAAACGAGAGAAUUGCGGCACAAUCUGGAGAUGGAGAAAGAAAAGCAAGCACAGGCAAGACUCAUUAGAGAUCUCCAAAGAGAAAUCGAGCAAGUUGAAUCUGGCGUUCGGUCGUCAAGACGAGAAUUUGCCUCCUCCAGUCACAGUAGGACACGAGAUAAUCGGUAUCGUGAAAGAGAAAACGGCCGGGAAAGUAAUGAAAGCAGCCUGAGAACAAGCACCACCCGAAGUUUGCAGUCCGAUAGCACAAUUUCUGCUAUCUCUGGGCGAGGCCCGUUUUCAGGCCCAAUCCCUACAAUUUUGCAGUCGCGCGAGAGAGCAGAUGAAUGUGGGAGCAGUUAUGAAGAAAAUUUUGAUGGCAAUCGGGACUUGGGUGACACGGGCAGCGUUGGGGACCCGGAAACAGUUUCGGGCCUCGAGGGGCAGGUUGUUGGUUACGGGCCAGGCCAGAGGCACGGGUCGAGAGGAAGUAAAUCGAGACAGGUUGUUGAGAGGAGGGAAAGGGACGGUAGGCGUGAAGGGAAGUGGGAACGGAAACACUAA